AUGGUCGGCGGCGAAGGCAUGUACCUCAGAGACGACGGCCGCACCAGAGAGGGCCACCUCGUCACCCCCGACGACCCUGCUGAUGCACCUCAAGCAGCGGCAGUGGAACUUUCUGCUCCUGGCGGAGUAUACGACGAGGAGCUGCUCCGCGUUGCGCCCCUCGGUCUCUGGCGUAGCUUCACCAGCCUCUCGGUCCUCCUGCCGAACCACACAUCCGGCGCCCCCUUCCUGUGGGCUCCGAGCGCCGAAGAUCGUGCUCCUGCUCGCUGGCAAGACUUUGUGCCCAAACAGAGCGGCGUGGGUGUGUCGUUGACCCUGCGCCAGCUCCCAUCAUCAGCAACCGCCGAGGAGCGCAUGGGUGAUACCAACGGUGACGGCAGCCAGGACAAAGACGACGACGAUGAUGAUGGCGAAGACGAAAAGAUGAGCGAGGAAGACGAAGAAGAUGAGGAGGAGGGCAAGGAUCAGACCGCCAAAGAAAUGGGCAUCCCCAAGAAGAAGUAA